AUGGCUUCGCAAGCGGCUAUGAUCGCAGAUACAAUCAUUGCUAUGAAAAGAGCAGUCAAGAGAAAAGCAUAUGAAUCAGAUUCCGAUGCUUCGAUCGAAAGACUUACAAAUCGAGGAAACAAAUUACGAAAGAGGGCAAGAUACGUGCAGCAAGGUCAAUUGGCCCCGCCAACUGGUCGACAUAUAUACAGAGAGACAAUUGAACAUGCCGGCUACACGAGAGAUAUUAUUAGUAGGAAACCCCCGCUUAUUGACGAAGACGGCGAGAAUAUCGAUAGCGACGAAGAAGAUGAAGAGAAGAUUUCAAUCGCGAAGGCAGCAGCUGCAGAAUUUGAUCCAUAUGCAAAUAUAAAACUAGAAGAACUCCUUGCACCUUUAACCUCUGCCUCCGAUUUACCUGACCAUCCAAAAUUGUCGCAGCCCUUCACAUCGAAAGUCUUAACAGAAUUAACAAGAAAUGCGGGAGAGAUGCUUCAGAAAGAAAUGGCAUCUUUAUGGAAGAUCAAACAUCUCCUAACUCGACUCAGUGGCCAUGAUACUUGGAUGCCGUGUGAAACUGUCGAAACUGAUCAUGAUGCUUCUUUUUUUGAGACAGAAACGGAACGUCAUCGGGCUCAGGUAAAGAGAAUCGCAAAACAGCACGCGGAUAUGAUGUCGAGAGUAGCUCUGGCUUCUGACGACGAUAGCGUAGCUGCUUCAGGAUUGAUGAUUAUGGGUAUCGAGAGCGACGCUGCCUUUGGAGUCGCUGCCCUUCAGGCCUUGAAAGGGAAGGGAAAGGCAUUGGAUGUUGACAGAGAUAUGACAUCUAACUCGGCAAAUGGAGAAAUUGCCGAGACAUCUGCCGCAAACGGCACUGGCAACGAUUCAGAAUUAGUAACACCACCGCCAGACAAUGUUGAGAUGGACCAAGAGGGUUCGCAAGGGGCCGGGGAUGCAAUGGAUAUCGAGCCGAUGGCUGAAGAUAUUGAAGACGAUACGGUCAUGAAUGCCGUUCCUCGCCGUAUGAGGACUCGCGCCCAAGCACAGGCGGUGUUCGACAAUGCGACUCGUUCGAGGUCUAUCACACCUGAUUUAAAUGGCGAGCCUUUCGUUCAUCCUUAUUUUUUGGCACCUGAGAACUCGUAUCCUGAUCGAGACCUUUAUUUACCUCAUGGAGAGGCUGACGAAUUAAGGAAAUUAUUGAUGCACUAUAUUCAAAAGCAAGAAGAGAUUAUCCGAGGAGCCCAGAAAGUGUACGACGGAUUAUUGAGAGCCGAUCGUAUGCGCCAUUUGGUUUUGAAAUGGACAAAAGCCGAGGGACAUGUCGGUGACAAUCGUGAUAUGUCAGAUGGUGAGGAUUGGUAUGAUAAAGAAGAAUGGGGAUUAGAUGAAGACUUGAAGAAAGGACAAGACGAAGAAGAGGAAGAUGCUGCAACAACAGCCAAGAAAACUAGAACGAGACGACAGUGA